AUGACUUCUUUGGUAAGAGAUUCUAUAGCUACAAUGACGGGUCCAAGAUCUGAAUCUGCUGAUGGUUCUACUUUAACUUCUGACCCUAAUCUGUCAAUCGAAUCAACUACUUCCACGCCAACAUCUUCAACCACAUCGAUUAAUUCUAUCCCCAUUUUAAAAUCAGUUCAAGAUUGGUGGAGUAGUCCAAGAUCAUUAAUGUAUGAAUCCAAAGAAGAAGAAUCCGAUCAAAUAAAACAAGAUCGAUUAAGAAAUCGAAACAUUGAAUAUGAAUUAUUUCGUACAUUAUUACCUUCAGAUAUUCAUAUUUAUCCUCCUCAAGAAUACGACAAUGAUGAUAAGCAUGAUGAUAAGGAUGAUGAUGAUGUAAAUGAAGAAUAUUUAAUAACUGGUAAACUAAUAGAUGUGAAAUUAGAUGAUGGUAAUUUUAUUCAUGAAUUUUACCUUGAAAAUAAAACUACAACACUGAAAGAACAAGAGCAACAUAUAGUUGUUAUUCAUGGAUAUAUGGCAGCUAUGGGAUAUUUUAUUAAAAAUAUUGAAGAUUUAAUAAGAAUUCCUGGGAUUAAAUUACAUUUAAUUGAUUUACCUGGAUUUGGAAAUUCUAGUCGACCUAAAUUUCCCAAAGAAUUUAUUAUUGAACCAUUUGAUUCAUUAUCAGAAAAAAUUAAUCAAAUUUUACAAAUUGAAAAUUGGUUUAUUGAUAAAAUAGAAAAUUGGAGAAUUAAUAGAAAUAUAAAUCAAUUUAAAUUGAUUGGUCAUUCAAUGGGAGCAUAUUUGGCUUGUUGUUAUUUAAUGAAAUAUAAUAAUAAUAAUAAUAAUAAUAAAUUAUUGGUAUCAGAUGUAAUUUUAGUUAGUCCAAUGGGGACAGAAUCUAAUGAAUUUAGUUUAAUUAAUGAUAAACGAUUUCAAUUCAAUUUAUAUAAUGAUCCAUUUAAAGAAUUACAGUUUAAUAAUAAUAAUAAUAAUGAUAAAGAUAAUGAUAAUAAUAAUAUAAUUAUAAAUGAAGAAUUAACCAAUAUUUGGACAAAAUUAGGUAAACCUAAAUUUCCUAAAAAUUGGUUAUUAAAGAAACUUUGGUUGAAAAAUAAAUCUCCAUUUGAAUUUUUACAAAAUUUUGGUCCAUUUUAUUCAAAAAUUUUAUCUUAUUGGUCAUUUCAAAGAUUUAAAAAUUUUGAAAUUGAUACUAAUAAAGAUACUAUUGAAUUAAUAUUAAAAUUACAUAAUUAUUCUUAUUCAAUUUUUAAUCAAUUUCAAGGAUCAGGAGAAAUUGCUAUUACAAAAUUAAUUACUCCAGAAAUUUUAGCUAAAUUACCUCUUGCUGAUCGAGGAUUAAUUGAUUUUUUUGUUGAUAAUAAAAUUAAUAAUAUGUGGAUUUAUGGAGAUAAUGAUUGGAUGAAUAAAAAUGGAGGAGAAUAUAUUUAUCAACAAAUUAAUGAUAAAAUCAAAAACCAAAAUGGUGAUCAUAAUAAUGAUAAUGAUAAAAUUUCUCGAUUUGAAAUAGUUGAAAAAGCUGGUCAUCAUAUAUAUUUAGAUAAUCCUAAAAUUUUUAAUCAAUUAGUUAUUGAUUUCUUCAAACUUGUUUAA